UUGUUUGCUUUAUCCUGCUAUAAAGUGGUUCCUUUCUGCGAGGUAGGAAUUGUCAAGAGUUGCUAAUGCUAGAUAGAGCAGCUUGGUGAAAUGAAUCUCUGUGACAGUCUCCUAUUCUGGAGCUCGGGAAAAGGUUUCCAUAAAGUGGUUGGGAAGUUUCUGCUGUCAUCCCAAUUUUUCGUAAAGAGGGUAACAUUUACGCGUGCGACGGAAAAUGUUCUCUUUAGCGGUUGCCGGUAAUUAAAAUAAUGUUUGUACUUUGGACGAAGACUGUUUUUUUUUGCGUUACGUAGAAGUGUCUUACCUCGAACGAAGAGAUACAAUUACAGCGGGAAAUAUUGACUGUCAGUGAGUUGGAUGAGGGUUUGGCUUAGAACAUUAACCAAGCUGUUUAUUUGCGCACUAAUUACUAGAAUGAGUGAUAAAGUUUCUUCUUGGAUGUAUCCCGAGUGAGUCAUUUUAGAAUAACGAGCGAGAUUUGUGGUUACUUUGGUCGAAAAAAAAGGCAGACUCACUGCGGAUUACACUUAAGGCAAGGAAAAUACAAUUUUAAAGCAUCGCAGAAAAUGCAUUAGAGUGUUGAAACUUGGAAAGUUUUCCGUAACCGUGAGAAUGAAGAAAGAUUUAAUACUAACAGGCCUAAAUCAAAUACAUACCCUAUUGUAUCUGUUGUAUACCAGUAAUAGUGUUGUACCAUUUUAGUACAAGUCAAGUGGGUGAAUUUCGAUUUUGCGCAUUUGAUCGGUUGGAUUCCAACUGAUAUCAUCAGGAUCAGUAAAGCAUAGUAAGUGUGAGUGGGAAAUAGGAUUUUCCACCUCACAGGUAACUAACCGACACACUUUAGACGCAAAUGAGUUCUAAAUUGCUUCAUAGUGAAAAACUAACGCACGUAGUUGUGGACAGUAGCAUAGAAACAGGACGUCGCGCUUUGCGUACCUGAUAUGCUAGUGUCACUAGUUAUGAUGCAGUCACUGUCGCAUCCAUCAAUGCGAAACAUGCCUGGAAUCAGUCAGCCACCAAAUACGCCAACGUUGCCACAACGACAGUCACAGCAUUACCCUCAUCACCGCAGCCAACUUCUCCCCCAGGUGAUAGCUACCGAUGAAUUCACCGGUAGUGACAUGGUGGAUCCACCUAAUCCGGAUAUGCUACUGGCGCUGAUAGCACGAAACAAAGUACUCGAAGCAACCAUUCCAAAGUGCGGCGGCUGCCAUGAGCUUAUUCUAGACCGGUUCAUCCUCAAAGUGGCUGACCGAACGUGGCACGCCAAGUGCCUUCAAUGUAGUGAAUGCCACGUGCAACUCAACGAGAAGUGCUUCGCCCGCAACGGUCAAUUAUUCUGUAAGGAUGACUUUUUUAAGCGGUACGGUACCAAAUGUGCGGCCUGUGAUCUAGGGAUUCCUCCGACGCAAGUGGUCCGACGGGCGCAGGACAAUGUAUACCACCUGCAGUGCUUUAUGUGUUCGAUGUGCUCCCGGCAGCUCAACACUGGCGACGAGUUCUACUUGAUGGAGGACGGAAAGCUGGUCUGCAAACCGGACUACGAGGCAGCCAAGGCGAAGGGUUUAUAUCUCUCCGAUGGGUCAUUAGACGGUGAAUCAUCAAACAAACGACCUCGCACAACAAUUACCGCCAAACAGCUGGAGACGCUGAAGAGUGCUUACAACAGUAGUCCGAAACCGGCGCGGCAUGUUCGCGAACAGUUAUCCCAGGAUACGGGGUUGGAUAUGCGAGUAGUACAAGUGUGGUUUCAGAAUAGGCGAGCUAAAGAGAAACGACUGAAAAAGGAUGCCGGCCGGACGAGAUGGAGUCAAUAUUUCCGCUCGAUAAAGGGCGGUGGCUCGCCCAGUAGACACGAUAAGUUGCUAGAUAAGGAUGAAUUGAAAAUAGAUCUAGAUAGCUUUAGCCAUCAUGAUCUUAGUAACGAUAGUUAUAGUACUUCUAAUAUGGGCCUAGAAGAUGGUGCUUCACCUCACAGCGGUCGGGGGUCUUACAUACACGGUAAUGGGAGCCCUCCGCCGUACCUGUCUAGUCACUCUCCUCCGCCCAUUGGACCGGGCCACCACUUUGGUUCAUACCCGGACAAUAUUGUAUAUACACCACUAGGUCAACCUGUCAACUCAAUACAUCAUGGAGGUCCCCGCGGUCCCCACGGACUGCACGGUAGUGGGGUUUCCGAUCUGAGUAACGAGUCUAGUCCUGCCCAUGGUUACCCUGACUUUCCGCCCAGCCCCGAUUCGUGGCUUGGCGAAUCCUGCCCUCCUAACGGAGUCGUUCCGGCAGCCGUGCAGCCGCAGCAAUCGGUACCACCGCUGCCGCAAACCAACGGCAAUCAGGCACCGUCGGCAUUGCACUACUGAUGUAGCACGUCAUAGUGGCGCCGCCAGAACGAUACCGGCUGUACUGGAAUGAGCACAGGGAUUUCGGCACUGGUUCUACUAGGUUAGGUUAGGAUCCGCUGAUUUAAAGUUCAACUUCGAAAUAAUUGAACCCACUAAUGGCGGUAACCACGGUAACCUUUGAAAAGCAAUUUUGUGAUAAUACAAAAGAAAAGUGGUAUUCAGUUUUAUUAGAUGCACUUACCGUACUUGCAAACCCAUCGAGGUGAGCACCGCGAUCAAUAGGUGAGAUAUUUUACUGGAGAUACAGAAAUAGAGCUGCAUAUUUGGUCUGCCAGCAGAAGUUCCAAACUGGGAUGGAUAAUUUGUUUUUCAUUGAUUCUAACUGUGAUUAUCAUGAUAUUGACAAGUAGAAUUUUUAAUUCAAUAAUGUCAAACUUCAGUGAGGCUAUAAUGUUGUGGAAUGCAUCAAUUUAAAUUAUUUUUUCUCGAAAAAUCUGAUCUCAGUUUGUAAAAGCGUUCGAUUUUAAUAGAUAUCUUCUUAGGCGUUCCCAGUCUCUUCCAUUAGAGAAAGAGGGCAAAGUAGUCAUUUCUCGCAUCUUCCUGGACAAUAGAGUAGCUCGACAUAUACCAUUUUCCAGUACAGUACUUUUUGAGUUCCUUUUGUGGUCCAAAUGACUGUGUAAGUUUGUAUGGAAAUUAGUAUGGGAAACACUCCUUUUUUGCAUCUCCGCAUGCUCAGAUCGCUAUGCCACUCGAACUAAAACGCGAACCUUAUAAAAAAUUCAUCCAGAAUGUUAAAUUGAACGCAGAAAGUUAUUAGGGGAACUGGGGGUAAGCCCGACACCCUGGGUAAGCCCGACACCCCACGACUUUUCCCAGAUAUCAAAUUUUAAAUCAUACAAUAAUGACAGGAUAUUAUUAGUACGAUUAUUUUAGGCAUUUCGAUACACAUCGAUGCCGUAUGGAUUCAUUAAACGUCAACAAAAUAAACAAAACAAGCGAAAGCAAAGUUGAUGCGCGUUUGGAUGUUAUUUUUAGUUGAUACAUUUUAAGGUUUCAAUAACACAAAAGCUAUGAAAAUGACCAGUUUUUGUGUCACACAUUCUAUUUUACUCUCCAUAACGUUAUUUGUGUGAAUUGAAGAUAAGUUUGAGUAUUUCAAUACUGUUAAUUGAGCAUUUAACAAAAAUGAGCGCUGUUGGGGUAAGACCGACAGUUUUUGGGUGGGGUAAGACCGACACAGUGUUUAGUUGAUUGGGUUCGUUUUUGAAUCGAUACAAAUGACUGGGUUAUAUUUGUUGUGCUCAAUUUUACUAUAAUUACGUCAUGUUAAUAAUUGAAAUACACGGAAACUAUGUUUUUUUGUCUGAUACUGAAAUUAAAUUUAACGUGAUUCAUAGUUAUAUUACAAACAGAAACGAAAAGUAUAAUCCAAUAUGAGAUUUUGAAAUGAUAUUGAUGAAAAAAUUUCAUUUACCGCCGGAUUAUUGAUCAACAGUGUUCCGGAAAAUCACAACACGAACCGGAUAGCUUACUACGAAGCGUGCGUCACUUUUAAGUGAAUGAGUCCUAGUAAUAGCGUUUACUUGCAGAACAGCUCUUCCUACUUAGAAUGGCUAUACAAGUGCCAAUUAAGCUCGAAAGAAUUACUUGAUAAAACCCUUACAAUAAUAUAAACCAUGCGUUAAACAUUAUUUAUUCAUAACACCACGCAUUCGAAUGCUCUUCCUCUUGCUACGCGAUGAAACUACAGAAAGCUUGCGUUUGCAUCACACAUACUUAUAUACACAUAAUUACACUUUAUCACACAUACACAAUACAUUUUUAAUGGAAAAAAAUUGGACAAAAAGGAAGUUCAAAAGGGGGUCGCUCUUGCCCCUUUGGGGUGUCGGUCUUACCCGCAGCGUUUUUAAAAUGUCAUUUUUCUCCAUUUUUUGGCAACCAAUUAUUUUUAAUGAAUUCAAUUUUUUGAAACGCUGAAAAAAUUAUAUUUUGUUAAGAACCACCUAAACAAGGAUUAUGCACAGAAUAUAAAAUUUUAGGAGCUUUGUGGUAUUUUAGAAAAAUUAUUGCGCUUAAGGUGUCGGACUUGCCCCGCGGUCCCCUAUUACUUUUUUAUUUCGAUUAUAAAGGUGUUAACCUCUUCGGCUUAGAAAAAUCUCUUACUCUAGGUGCGGAGUUGGGACUCGAACCCAGGUGAAUUGCAUAUAAGGCAAUCGAUUUACCAACUACGUUAUGGCCUCCUCCACUUAUUAAUUCUGUCAACACUGCAAAUGUACCACCAAUCUUAAAUAUCUCAGAAUGACAGAAUCACAUGAACUUCGUUAGGAAAUCCAAAAACCGAUUCAACUAACCUAACAGAGAGACUGGACCAUUCUGUUACUAUUUAUCACUUUUUAUUGCAUUUGCCAUGAUAGCCAUUGGCUGAUGAUUGAAACAAGACACCUAAAUCUGCCGUCAUUUGUUCAAAUCUCGAUCAGAUGGGAUUUUCUGUGUCAGUGUAAGUAUUUAAAGUUUGCAUUAGAUUGUUUUUAAACUUAUUUUUAUUUUUUUUUUUUUUUGUUUUAUCCAUCAACAGGCAUAUCAAAGCCCCAAUGAUGUUGGCCUUAAUACUAAUUUUAUUUCUAACAAUCAAAUCGUAUACAAAAACAAUAGUCAUACAAUAAUUUAAAAAAAAACGAAUUAAAACGUCAACAGUUAAUGACUAAAAAGUCUGGAAAACGUACACGCAGAAUUUGUCGAGAAACGUCGAAAUUGAGUACUGAAGCGACCUGGUUGAAAAUUCUUUGUAGACCAGUGAUGGCUCCAUAACCAUUAAACCAGCACAAAAAUUGACUUUUUUGGAACAUAACUCAAUCGAAUGGUAAUUACCUCCAGAAGAUCCAUUCUAAAUACAAACUUGUUCGGAUGCUUCUGGUUUACUCCCAAGAAUUUUUAUGUUUGUAAAAAUAUAUGAAAUAUUGGCAAUGGAAGCAAUAAAUCAAUAUCAAUUCUUCAAAAGGGCUAAUGAGAUUUUUGUAAACAAACUUAUUUCGCUCAUUAUUCCGCUGUCGAGUUGAAUUUCAUGAAAGAUACACAUGAAUCAACACCUUUACCCUUUGUAGAAUCGAUUUCGAAUGUCUUUUGUGUUGAAAUUAUAACAAAUUAAGAGAAAUCAGCAAAACAAAUGUUUGUUUACAAAUCUUAUUAGCCCUAUUCAAAUGUUGAUAUGGAAAUUAUGCAUCCUAAAAUCCUUAGGUGUAUGGCUGAAGAUUAAGUCUACCAAGAGCAGUGGUAACUUGAAAUUUUAAACUCGAUUUUCUCGAAAUGUCGUUCUUCCAAAAAUGUUUUUUCCGUGAUCACGAUUGUCGAAAAACCACUCAAUCGAUUUCCUUUAUUUUUUUCAAUUGAUCGUAAUAAAUUUUUCUCGCACCUUAACGAUUCUUUUUUAUACAUAAAUUUUUGUUUUAUAAAUGAAAAUUUUUCAAUACAUUUUUUAUAGCUUAAAGCAGUGAUUUUUAUAGGAAAAACGUUCCUGAAGGCAGAAAAAAAUAUUAUUUAUUCGACUAAUUGUUAAGGAGUACUCAAAUACUAAUAGAAUAUUUUGAGUUCUGGGAUCUUAGUUGAUCUAUUGGUCUUAAAUCGUGAUCACCGCAAACCUCAUAAACAAAAAAGGCCACAACUUCGCCAAUUAUCAAUAUAUUUUUAUAAACUUAUGCUUGUUUAUUUCACUGAAAAAUGUGCUACGAAAAUACUAUAAGUUUGAUGUAAUGAAAUCAUUGCUUUAUGACUUUACGUAAAUUUAAACUUUCAUGACAUUUUUCGCACAAAAAGGUAUGUAAGAGGUUAUACUGAAGCGAAGUACUUUGUCCAGUAACCUCCAAUCAUUAUGCAACUUUCAACAAAGUUGAUCGUUAUUGAAAAAGCUACACUACCUGAAGUUUUGAAGUAUGUGAAGUAACCGUGGGAGAUUUUAUUCAAUUUUGAUUUUCCAUAUAUUUCACCGUAGAAACUUCUAAACUCUUACGAGUGAACUAAAUCUAUAGGAAAAAGCUUAUACUUGGCAUAUGGUUUGUAGAGCCAAUUGCCAUUAGGUUUACCAGUGUUCCGAAAAAAGUUCAAAAAAGUACACGGUCUAAUACACGGUCUAAUAUCCACACAUAUAAUUAGUGCGUCGGAAUGGUAAUCGGAACGGUAAUCGAAACAUAAUGUUGUUGCGUAAUGCUCAAGGGGUGUCGUUUAUUUUGAUUUGUUCCAAAAUAGCUUAGGCAUCUAUUAGACCUUGCAGAGUAUCAGCCGUGAACAAAGCUCUAUUCGGUAUUCCUUCGAAUAUACAUGGGCUCCAGUUGAAUCAACUGACACCGGUUUUCAUAACUAAGUAGUUGGACAGGCUCUCUCCACGGAACGCGAGACGUAAAAAGUGACGCUGCAUGGUUUUAAUUCUCUCAACGCCAUUAUAGUAGUUUGUGCUCCAGACUUUAGAGUAAUAUUCUAGAAUCGAUCGCGACAAAGAGCAGUAGAACGAUUUGAGACAAUGUAUAUCCGUAAAAAUUUUGGCUAUCCUGAAGAUGCAUCCCAGUACUCGAGACGCUUAAUCAACUACAUAGGAGACGCGUUGUUUAAACGUAAGUUGAGACAACAGAUCCUUUGCGUGACAGAUGCGUUCAAUGUAUGUUUCUAGUAGACAGUAGUUAACCUUCCAGAAGUCGCGCUAGUGCACUGAGUGCACGCUGCUCUGAAAAUCUGGCGAAAUCGUCUUAGGGGACCAGCGGCUGCUCGUUCGGUACGCCAUAUGCGCGACUUCCGGAGGGUUAAAAUAAAUUGAAUGCUUGUUCCGUGAAAAUGAUAUUACGGACACUUCUUCGGGUUCACACACAUGCGCCAAUUAAAACUUGAAGCUGCUUUUGGAGAAAUCUGGAAUUCUCAAUUGAACGAAUUAGACGAAGAAUCUUGAGAUCAUCUGCGAAGGACAUUCGCGGAGUCUUCUGAGCUAGAUGUGCAUCUUCAAUAAUGCACAUCUAGUUCAGAAGACUGGCUAACAUCAACGGUCCCAAGUGCCUUCCUUGAGGUAUUCCUGACGUAGAAGUGAAGAUGUGGGCCUUACAAUCUUCUAUGACAACUGCUAUGUCUCGGUCUGUUAGGUAGGAUCGAAACCACUGCAAAACACUACCAUGAAUCCCAAACCUCUCCGUUUUUGCGAUCGAGAUGCCGUGAUUUAUCUUAUCGAAAUCGGCAGAAUAGUCGGUGUAAAUCACGUUGGUUUGAGCACGUGUGCACAGCAGGUUAGACGCAGUUGCGUUACAGACGUGAAACCGUGUUGAUCGUCACUUAGGUACUGCUUAUAUGGAGCCUAAAGAGAUUCCAUAAUCAACAGCUAGAGCAACUUCCAGACAGCACUUAAUGAAGUUAUUCCACGGUAAUUAUUGACGUCUCGUUAUCACCCUUUUUAUGAGUUAGGAACAUAUUCGCGUAUUGCCAGGAAGAUGAAAAAACUCGUCCUCCAAUAGAUGCUCGAAAGGUGUGACAAAGCCGAGUGAUCGAAGCAUCGAUAUGCCUUUUCAGGAUAACGGAAGGGUUGACCUGAUGUCACGACAAUCUUACCUGUUUCAUCUGACUAACAUAGUUUUUUAUUUUUUAUUUUUUUUUUUUUUUACCUUGACAAGGGGGACGGGAGGGUCACCGUCAAGCUACGUAAUUGCCAGGGAGGGUAUUUAGAGGUUUGUGACAAAAUGCUGGGGGAAAGGAGUGUUAAAAAUCACUCAAAAAUGCUACGUCGUUUAUGGAUGGUCCCUAAGAAUAUUUUAAAUUUUUCCGUAUGACCUCGAGUCACUCUACUGGACAAGGGCGCAAAAACCCACUGUCAAGAUAAAACAACAGUAAACAUGUAGUGCGUCAGUUAUACAGGGUGGUUCUAUAAAACGGUCUCUUAAAGAUUUUUCAAUAAUUUCUUUGUUUCAUCAGAAAAUUGGAAACUUUGGCGAAAUAUUUCUUGCAUAAUUCAGAUUGAUUUAUUUUUUACUUAUUCGAAAUGACUUAUGAUUUUAUUAUUUGCGAUAGUCUUCUAGGAACACUGACACAGCUGACUCGCACGGAUUCUUCUGGAAUAUUGCUCCAUGCUUUCUCAAUUGCAGUUAGAGCAUCCUUAUUACGUUUUGGUUUAGGGUUGGUGACUCUCUCAACAAUACUCCAUAUUGUAAAGUCGAGUGGGUUGAUAUCCGAAGAUGAAGGACACCACAUUUCCUUGGUCCAAAAUGCUUAAAAUUUAGAAAUAAGGGUUUUGCAGCCCAAAUCAUAACCUAAUCCGUUUUUUUUUGUUUUAUAUACAUACAUAUUUGUCGCUGGGAUUAAUGGAAUCAAGAUCUUUAUCGAGUACCCAAUUUUUUAUGGUUAAGUUUGCGGCUUACAUCGAACAAUUUUUCAUCCGAAUAGAUAUCGACAACGUCAGAAUGACUUUUUAGCAAUUUGCAGCUUUCCAAUCUCUUUUUAUUUCGUUUCCUGAGAAAGCAGCUAGUGUUGUCGGAGGUCGUACGGAUACAAACCAAAGUCCUUUUUCACCACAGUUUAGAUCGUCUUAUGUGACACAUUUUAAUUCUGAGCCAGUCUUGGUUCAUGGAUCUGGCCGGAUUGUGACGUAUUUUGUUGGCCACAGCUUUCAUCAAUGCCUUUGUUCUUAUAGAACGAGGUCUUUCCGAUUCUGUACGUCCACGCAGUAUUUCAGCAAAGAAUUGACCCGCUGGAUUUCUGUUCCCAUGUCGUAAGAGGUGAUUGGAAACAGGAGUUCUCAAGUCAACGUGGCUAGGACUGAAUGGCUGGCAGGAGUAAAAUAUGCCAUUCGCGCACAUAGUGCCGUGUUAAGCGAAUCUCUGACACUGUGGAUGUUUGUUUCUUCGCAAAUCGUGGGUUACAAAUGAUGGCCAUGUCCCUAAUACCCAUUUCGGAGUUCGCUAUAGGCGAUUAUAAGCUAACGUGUUUGGUAUCUUCUAGUGUCUGUAUAUUAAGUACUGAUGAUGAAAUGUGCAAUGUGCCUUUAUGGUUAGAGUAGUACAACUUAAUCUUCAGCAUAAACGUACAGCAACUAUGAAACUAAACCGCCUUUUACAGGGAGGAAAAGCUUCCAUAGCUUUGGUUGGUAUUUUCAUGAAGAAAACUUCUCUGUUGGAAAGCUACCCGAGCAAAGUUGAACAUCAAAAUUACAAUAAAUAGAAAUCAUAUUUUGAUAAUAGCAUCAAAUUGAAAUCUUAUUUCGCUAUCAGUUUUAGUUAAUUUUAAAUAUGGCAUCAAAUUUUGAUCUCAUUUUGCUGUCCUUAUUUCUUAGAAGAAUUUUCUAUGUUUAUAUUUCUUUGGUGAAACAUCAAGGUGAAUACAUGUUUUGUUAUUAAAAAAAAAUUCAACAUCUCAAUAAGCUUUCAAUUUACUCUGACUGAUAGCACAAUUAGUUUUCUGUUUGAUGUCAUAGGAUAAUUUUUCUGACCUCCAUUUUGAUCUUUUAACCGUUAAAACCACCAAAACGACAACAACCUGAGUAAUCAUUUGCCGAACAUCAUAUCAUCAAGUUUAAUUUUCAAUUUGUUGUCACACUCUGCUCGGGUAGAUAACUCUGUCUUCGUAUCCACGUGAAAUGCCUCGUGCAUGUAAACUUGUGAAUAGUGCUAUUGAGGCGUAUUUUCUACCCGAUCUCACAACUCAUGAUAUUUGUGCUGUUACAGUCAAUAUGACUGUUGAUAAUUUGCCGCAUAAUGAAUCAUUACCUACUGAUAAUUUUUAAAGGGUUGUAUCAUACUGUGGAAGAAAUGGGUUUCUCCUGAUACACGGCAGUGAUGCAAAUGCCCACUACAUGAAAUGAGGCAACUCAGAUAGCAAAGAGGCAUUGAAUUGAUGGAAUACUUAGUUCCUACAAAUCUGGACAUUCUUAAUGUAGGUUUUCGGCCAACAUUUGCCCGAGCUGGCAGAGAAGAGGUGUUAGAUGUGACUCUCGGCGGUAUUACGCAUUAGUUGGCAAACUGGCUCGUACCAAACGAGCCGUCGUUAUCUGAUCAUAAGUAUCUUAAAAAUCUCAAUAGAUAUUGUCACGUAUCGUAAUCCCAAAUCUACGAACAUCUAUAACAAGAGCUUGGCGACUAGGUUUCGUGUGUAGCUUCCAACGAUUGAAUCUCCAAAGAUGAGGUCGUGGAUAAAACAAACUCGCUCAAAAUAGAAGCAUUUCAAGAGGCUUGUCCGCUUCGAGUUAUCGUGCUUCUAGAGGAACACCUUGGUGGAAUAUCAAAUUUGUUCGACUUUAAAAGUUAUGUAAAAUAGCUUGGAAUCGCAAACACAGGGACGGGUCGGAUGCAUUUAAUGUCAGCACAAAUGUCACAAAUCUCAACGAGAGUAGUAGAUUAAAUAAGUUACUUCCGAAAUCGAAAGAUUUCCAUGUCAGUUCGAUUAGAACUGGUAAUGAUGAAUAAUCGUCUGACGGAGAUGUAGUCCUCAGUUGUCUUUUUGGAACAAACUUUCCAGGCUGUACGGAGCCAUUGCUGACAACUGCCCCUGAGUUCUUUGCAGGUAGUUCUGAUACAUGGGCUGCUUGUAAAAUUGUGACAACCGAAUCGAUUAAAUGGUGAUUGUGUCACUUAUGAGGAGUCAAAGAGCUUUAGGAUCAGUCUGACCUCCUUCCUUCUCACAACACAAUACUGUCUACAACAUUGAAAAAGCUUUAUAGCAAAAGCAAUCAAGCCUAGAAGUUUUUCUUGAUAUUGAAGGUGCUUUCGACAACGUAUUCUUUCGAAUCAGUUUUGGAAGCAGCACGAGGUCAUGGAGUACCUUCAUAUGUCAUGAACUGGAUACACGCAAUGCUUAGCAACCAACAUCUGUGCUCAUCGUUAAGACAGGUAGAGUCAAGGAAAUGGAGUGUCUGCGAAUGUCCUCAAGGUGGUGUGCUGUCACCACUUCUAUGGAACCUUGUGGCCGAUGGCUUGUUGAGGAAACUUAAUGGUCUCCGACAUAUGGUUUCUUCGAUGAUUAUCAUAUAAUGUUCACCAGUAUUUGCAUUAACACACUUUUUGAUUUGAUGCAACAAGACUUAUGUGCUGUUGAGCAAUGGUGUCAAAUAAAACAUCAAGGGUGCUUUUCACGCGUUCUUUAACUCUAAAAUUAUUGUCGCAGGUCAAGUUAAGUACGUUAAGAUAAGUCUUGACUCUAAACUAGACAGCCCACAUCGAUUUCAGAAUCAAGAAAGCUAAGCUGUUAUAAGAAACACCAUAAAGCUUACAUUUGGAUAUCUAGUGCAAUGGAAAAUAUAAAAUAUAUGUGUUUUUCAGCAAAUUUGUCUAAAAUGUGUUGUUCUACAACUAGCUUCUGUUUAAACGAGAAGAAGGGCCUCUCAAAGCACAACAACUUUAACAUAUUGUAAGACUAAGCCAUUUAGUUUUAGCAAAAAGUUAAAUUGUUGCUAAAUUUACAUUCUAAGCUACUUUGCAAUGUAAUAAAGAAGUACUACCAAACUCAUCCGUUGCAUUUGCUUGAUAAAUUCUGCACUGUAUUCCAAACGAGCAUCUGAGGAUAGCAUACAAUCAACCAGCCAAUAAAUGUGUGGCAAAGAGUUCUUUCUCGGGUUGUCAAACUUUACUUCCAAACGAAAAUUUUUCUACCAGGUACGAAUCCGAAAAUAUAAAAGAAUUUAAUUUUUUCAAGCCCAAUUGUAGCUACUAGUCAGCUAACAAACUUAUCAUAUGACUAUUGUUUGGCGAACUGACUAGAAAAUCCGUGAAAUCAUUGUGAAUCCAUUAGGUAUCUGAGCGUACAACGUUGUGAAAUUCAGGCGAAGUCGUCAUUGAGAUGCGGUGGCUCGCCUAAAUGUAGACAACAGUGCGACUGCGGGAGGGUUCAGGACUCGAGGUAUAAUUGUAAAAGUUUUCAGCAACAUAUAGCUCCAACAAUUUCCAGCUCGGUUCAAAGGUUACCAAUGUUGCCGUCACACAUAAAAUAGUAUAACAACGUAAUUGGCGUAGAAAUCCGAUGGCAACUCUAAAUAUAUUUAGACAUACUUUUGUUCAACCCAAUAAUCUGGUAACAUUUAUAGAGGAGAUUUACCAACAAAAAUUAUGAUCACGGUGCAACGUUAGUAAACUAUAAAAAAACAAAAAAAUGUCCAGUGUGCAAAAGUGACGCGAAACCGAACUAGUCCAACUAACUAUAUUCUUAAUUAUUAUUAAAAUUGUAGGGAUAUUGGAUAACACGAGCAUUGUUGUUAGUCUUUUGAGAUAAUUGGAUUUUCGAUACAAACAAAACUUAAUACAAAACCCAAUGAGUUUCACUAUAAAAUAGUCCUUCACAUGUAUAUUUAAUAUAGAGUA